AUGGCACAGACUAUUGAGCUGGCCCAGACCGGCAAACGAGAUCACCUAAAAUCACUAGAGAAACAGUAUCAAGAUCGCUGGCAAUCGGAACGUCUCUUCGAGGUCAACGCGCCUCCUCCAGCAGAGCUAGCUGGCCUCUCCUCCGCGGAAGUCAAGGCGAAAUACCCGAAAUGGUUCGGAAAUUUUCCAUACCCAUACAUGAAUGGCAGCUUGCACUUGGGUCAUGCGUUUACCAUCUCCAAAAUCGAGUUUGCAGCGGGGUACCAGCGGAUGUUGGGCAAGCGUGUCUUAUUCCCGCAUGGAUUCCAUGUUACGGGGAUGCCUAUCAAGGCGUCAUCGGACAAAAUUAUUCGCGAAAUGGAGUUGUUUGGACCUGAUUUCGAGAAUUUUGAGCAAGUGCAAGCGGCGAUAGACGCGGAGGCAGAGGCGGAGAAGGAGAAGGAAGAGGCGGCGGCGGGUGACAAGAGCAAGGCGAAGAAGGGAAAGUUGGUGGCCAAGUCAACAGGACUCACCUACCAGUUCCAAAUCAUGGAGUCCAUCGGUGUACCAAGAGCCGAGAUCAAGAAGUUUGCGGAUCCCUUGUAUUGGUUGACCUACUUCCCUCCCAUUGCCAUUAACGACAACAACGCCUUCGGCUCGCGUAUAGAUUGGCGAAGGUCCUUCUUGACAACAAAAGCUAAUCCCUACUACGAUGCCUUUGUCCGAUGGCAGGUGAACAAACUGUACAAACUGGGUAAAAUCAAAUUUGGCGAGCGGUACACCAUCUACAGCCCCAAGGAUGGACAACCAUGUAUGGAUCACGAUCGUCAGGAUGGAGAAGGUUUUGGACCACAGGAAUAUACCGGUAUCAAGAUGGAGGUGGUCGAAUGGAGUCCUUCGGCCAAGGCUGCGAUCGAAGGCAAGGUCGGUGAACGCAAGGCCUUCUUGGUAGCAGCGACUCUGCGUCCUGAAACUAUGUACGGCCAAACCAACUGCUUCGUUGGAACGUCGAUUAAAUAUGGACUGUUCGCCGUCAACGACAAGGAGGCUUUCGUCUGCACUUUGCGAGCUGCUCGCAACAUGGCUUUCCAGGGGACUAUCACGCCACGGGGACACAUCGAACAACUAGCUGAGCUGGACGGAGCCAAGAUCGUCGGGACCAGGAUCAAAGCGCCCUACGCGAUCAACCCCGAGGUCUACGUCUUACCAAUGGAUAACGUCCUAGCUACCAAAGGAACGGGCGUCGUCACAUCCGUACCCUCCGAUUCACCAGACGACUACCAGACCCUAAUGGACCUCCGCAAAAAGACCGAAUUCUACAAAAUCGAGCCUGCAUGGGCAUCCAUUGACCCCGUCCCCGUCAUCUCCACACCGACCUACGGCGACAUGACGGCACCCGCCAUCGUCAAGCAGCUAAAGAUCCAGUCUCAAAAAGAUACGAAACAGCUGGCUGAGGCGAAGGAGAUUGCGUACAAGGAGGGUUUUUAUAACGGGACCAUGUUAGUUGGGGAGUACAAGGGCGAAAGCGUGCAGGAUGCGAAGCCGAAGGUUAGAGAGGCGAUGAUCAAGGCUGGUGUGGCAUUUGCGUACGCUGAGCCAGAAGGACUGGUCAUUUCACGGAGUGCGGAUGAGUGUGUUGUCGCCCUGAUGGAUCAGUGGUAUUUGGAUUAUGGAGAGCCUGUUUGGAGGGCGCAGACUGAAGGGUUGUUGGCCAAGAUGAAUACCUACUCCCAAGAGACACGACAUGCGUUUGAAAAGACCCUAGCGUGGUUGAACAAGUGGGCUUGUGCGCGGACGUAUGGUUUGGGUUCGGAGUUGCCCUGGGAUCGUCAUUUCUUGGUGGAAUCCUUGAGUGACUCUACGAUUUACAUGAGCUAUUACACGGUCGCACAGUUGCUGCAUGAAGGCAGCAUUGACGGAAGCAAACCUGGCCCAUUGGGUAUCAUUCCCGGGCAGAUGACCGACGAAAUCUGGGAAUAUAUCUUCUGCAACGGGCCCUUCCCAUCCCCAGCUCCCCUACCCAAAGAAAAAGUAGACGCCCUCAAACACGAAUACGAGUUCUUCUACCCUUUCGACAUUCGUUCCUCAGCAAAGGACCUCGUACCCAACCACCUAACUUUCGCGCUGUACAACCACGCUGCGCUAUUCCCUGAGGACAAGUGGCCUCUGAGCAUGCGGACGAACGGGCACUUGAUGUUGAAUGGAAAGAAGAUGUCAAAGAGUACGGGGAAUUCGUUGACGUUACGCGAGGCUAUUGAGAAGUUUGGUGCGGAUGCGACAAGGUUGAGUUUGGCGGACGCUGGGGACGGUCUGGAGGAUGCGAAUUUCGAGGAGAAGACGGCGAAUGCGAAUAUUCUUAGGGUGCAUACUUUGUUGGGAUGGUGUGAGGAAAUUGUCAACGACCACGCUAACCUCCGGUCUGGACCUCGAAAUUACCAUGACGAGGUCUUCGAGCAAGAGGUCAAUGAGCUGAUCAACAUUACCCAUAGUCAUUACGAAGCAACAAAUUACAAAGACGCCCUAAAGUACGGAUUCUACGAGCUGCAGAGCGCGCGAGAUUGGUACCGCGAAGUGACCUCAGACGUCGGCAUGCACGCAGAUCUAAUCCCCAACUGGAUCCGCAUCGCAGCCCUGCUAGUCACACCCAUCGCACCUCACUUUGCCGAACACAUCUGGUCAGGCAUCCUGAAGAACCCCCAAUCCAUCCAGCUCGCCUUGUGGCCUACACCCUCCAAACCCGUAGACCGUACGCUGAUCGAAGCAGGGAGCUACAUGCGCGAGACGAUCAAGACGAUCCGCGAUGCCGAGGUGUCGUUGUUGAAGAUGAUGAGCAAGGUUAAAGGCAAGAAGGCGCCGACGGAGUCGAUGUUUGAUCCUAAGAAGCCGAAGGCUGUUAGGAUUUAUGUGGCGACGACGUUCCCUGAGUGGCAGAAUACCUGCGUUCAGGUUAUCAAGGAUUCAUACGAUGAGGUUGCGGAUAAGGUGGACGAUGCAAAGGUCAAGCAACUGCUGACAGGGAAUGGGCUGAUAAAGGAUAAGCGCGUUAUGCCAUUCAUUCAGGCAUUCAAGAAACGAAUGUCGCAAUUUGGCGCCCAGACAGCCUUCCGUCGUGCCCUGCCCUUCUCAGAGAGCGCCGUUCUAACCGAGAUACUGCCGUACCUGAAGAAGUCUUUGAAUCUUGUGGACGUUGAGGUCUUGUCGGUUGAUGAAGCGAGGCAAAAAGAGGGCGAGGCUGGAUACACGAAGAACAUCAUUGAUACUUCAGAACCUGGAAGCCCAGCGUUUGAAUACCGCAAUUCACAUGAAGGAAAUUGA